AGUGUAGUUCUGACUGAGUAGAGAACAGGUGAGUUCAUCUGCAGCUGAAUGGAGACCUGCUGAGAAGAUGUUGUCUGGCUGGAGGAUCACAGUGUUGCUGCUGCUGCUGGAGGCGGCUGGAAGUGAAGCUCAGAGUGGAGAUGGAGACUUGGACACAGAGCUCCAACUCAGCUGCAGCUCUCACAUCAGCAUCAAAGGUCCUGGCAACCUGACCUGCCAGCUGCUCGGACGCAGAAGCAACGAGGACGAUGAAGAUGGAGAAGGAGAAACUAUCAAGAAGAUGAUUGUGUGUCAAGUUCACAUCAGAAGAGAAAAAAAAUGUUUCCAGGCUCAUGGAGCCACGGUGACAUCAGAAGAUCUGAAACCUUUGCCUGCAGUGAACGUGACUGUCCACCGGAAGGGAGGAGGCCAGAUUUCAGCGACAUUCUACCUGCAGAAGAUAGUGAAACCAAAAAGUCCGCAGGUCUGGAACGUCACCUCUGAGCCGCAGCUGAACCGGACCGUGGUUUAUAUCCAGAUCCCUUACACCAAGGACUACCUGACACUGGAAAACCAGAUCUUCCAGCUGAACCUGUGGACCAAAGGAAGCAACAUUACCCAAAACAUCUCAUCACAGAACUUCCUCCAGAUUAACAUGGAGCAUCUCCGUAAACACUCUGAGUAUCACGUGAAAGUCCGAGCGAUCCCUAAUGAACACAAAAGGGGUCUGCAGGGAACCUGGAGCGAAUGGAGCAAGGUGUACACCUUCUUCACACCACCUGAAGAGAAAAGGCCACCGAGUCCAGAAGAGUGGCAGCUGACCAUGUACGUACUCAUAGUGAGCUUCAUCUCGGUGGUGGUGGUUCUGUCCAGCAUCUUCGUCUUCUGGAAAAACAAAAUCUUCACCUACAUGUGGCCGAGCAUCCCGCAUCCCAAACAGACACUGGUUAAGAUCUACAAACCAAACAAAGGCCUGCUGCUGAACCUGAACCCUGAGGUUUUUAGUUCCCUGAAAGUUUACCCGCUGGAGAAAACCAAUUUUGAGGAAACAGAACCUUCGCUUGGUCCUGCUGCUGCUGAUGGGUCCCAGUCCAGCUCAAACCAGAGCUCUGACUGCAGGAGCACCACCAGCGUUAGCACCGAGGAGCUGGAGAUCUCUGCCCUGCUCAGUAGGAGCGCCUCUUAUGGGGAGGAUAGCCUCCCGAGCAGCAGCCCGUCUCCCGUCAUGGUCCUACAGCGAGAAGACGAGGCUCAGAACCUUCAGCCUGAAAACGGCAGCCGAGGAAACGCGGUUGGGAUGAACCAGCCAGAGGAGGCCUAUGUCACCAUGUCCAGCUUCUAUCAGAUCAAAUAGGACCAGAGCUGAUCAAACUUGUGAGAGACACACUGAAGGAAGCCCAAAAUGAAACAUCUCACCAACUGCUGGUUGAGUGUUAAUCAAGGUUUGAAGGAAGAUCCUGGCAGAUUUUAGCGAUUCUGAUGGACAACAUCAUUAUUGUUCCCUAAACUUUACAGAACAUCUAACCUUCAUCCAGCCAGCCUUUCUUAGAUCUUCUCAGUAGAUUUCAUGUUAGGAAGCAGAAUGUAGAGAAAUUGAGCUCUGGGUCGAGUAUAGCAUCUAGAUCUCCUCGCUCUCCAGAGGAACAUUUGUUAUCCCAGGAGCCCUCCUCAGGCGUCUUAGAGUUUCUUCAGUGUCUGAUCUCAGGUGUCCUCUCAGUAUUUAAUGUGUUGAGCUCUGGUCUCACUGAGCUGCUCUCUGACUGGACCUUGCUGGUCUGUUUAAACUGGAGAACCUUUCAGCCUUCCUGGUCCGCUUUAAGACUCCAAACCCAUGAACCUGAGAACAACCAUUGCUUUUCACUGGCUACAUUCACACUAACAGAGGACACAGUGAUACAACAAUUGGUCACAUGUUAGACACCGGCCAAUCAGAGCCAAGCAUUUAUUCGGACUAUUUCUAACACAUGUUCUUCGCCUGCUGCCAGAUUAAUGAAACUUCCUUUUCAAGAUUUGAUCUGAACUUUAAUGUUUUCCUUAAAUGUAGCAGUUUGAUGGGUCCAGGCUGCUGACAUGUUCACUGUUUUUAUUUAAAUCUACACUUCAUAUAUGGACGUUGCUCAUGGAGGAACAAACCCCUGCUGGUGUUUUUGGACAUUUUACUAUAACUCUGUACAUCUGGGAGGAUGUAGAAGGAUCUUCAGAUCUUUGGGCUCUCCAGGAUGCUAAAUUACCUUACACAGAAAGUUCUGUUGGUUGUGUUGAACACGGUAAAAGGUUUCGAUUCAUAAAAGAAAGUGGGGUCGACACAUUUCCUCACAGUGACACACAUUCAGUUCGCUUUAGUUUGGUUCUGUUCAGUUUAUUUUAGAGCACCAGUUCAUCAUGAAGGUUAUCUGAAGGCACUUUACGACACAAACGGAUCCAAUUCAUCUCCAGGAGUCCAUAAUCAUCCAUCAAUCCAUUAAUUUGGGUCAGAACUGGGUCCAAAGCCAGGUUGACCCUAUCAGACAGUUUCAGUUGUUCAUGUUCAGCCUCCAGAACCUUCUGAGUGUGUCUUCAUGUUGGGUUCAAAGAACCCUGGUUUUAUUUGUCACCUGAUUCUUUCCUGGUUCCUCCCAGAAGUAAAACUUGUAGAAACACCAGUGAUGUACUUUAAAAGCUGCUCCAGUCUGAACUCAUCUGCACUGGGACCCUCGUAGAACCACACCACCUGCUGCUGCAGGGUCUCAUUUGUCCAACAGCACUGCAACGCAUCAUGCGUCACGUCUGGAUGCACUGAGUAAUCUGCAGGGAACUUUUUGUUGCUAUGGUGACCUGUUUGUUUGAUGGACCUGUUUGUUCUGGUUGUGGUCGGAUUACCGUCAUAGAGACCCAAAACACAACGCUGCUGCUGUAACAUUGACCCAACCGACACUUCAGGAGCAUCCAGAGAAGAUUGUACGCUUCAUCUCCCACUGAUUCAGCUUCGUUUGUAUUAAAUGUUCUGUACACGCUGUAAGGUUUGAUAGAACCUUUAUUUAACCGUUUUAUCUGUUCAUGCACAAUAAAGUAAAGAAUGAAUAAGAA